AGUGAAGCACUACUGGACUCCAACAGCUAGCUGGCUAGGGCGUUGCUAGCGGCAGAAAGUGGGAUUUUUGGUACCUUUGCAAAAGUUAUUAUCUUUUACAAAUAACCCCUUGCGUUGGAAAAAGCAGCGUUUGAUGUUCGCUGAAAGUUUUAACCGCCUCGGUGGGUUUUUGUCGUUGUUUACGAAGGACUGGUGUGACUUUAUGUCCCGUUAGCUGGCCACAUAGCUAGCCUUCUUCCAUCCACGGGAAUUCUGCCGAGAAACGACUGAAUUCUGGAAACAUGGAGUCAAGGACCGCUGCGAUGUGCUAACCGACUUCACUGGACUUUCUUUGCUCAAGGAGACUUUUUGAAGGACACAAUACAGAGACAUUUCGCAACCAGUAAAUAUUCAUGCCGUGCUGUUUAUAUAUAGUUUUCGGUCGUUAGCCGGCUCAUUGUUGUGAACGGGAGUUUGCUUAGUUUGCACUCGAAACAAGAGCGUACGAGGCAAAGUUUUUUUUGCUGAAAGAGCUCAUCUGUUUUGUUAGCUGGUAGCUGGCGAGAUUCAACGCCAGCCAGCUUUCAGUGAGAAACAGUUUUCUUAAAAAGCCAUCCUGUUUUUUGUUCUAUAUACCACCCUACACAUUUUAUUUUUGAAUCUAACGUUUAACACCGAUGUAACAUUAGCUGCAGUUGUUGCUAAUUUGUAACACGGGUCGUUUAAACUCGGUAUUGAGCGAUUCUCAUGGUCACGGGAGAGUCUUCCCAACAGCCACAGACAGGCAUUUCUUGGAGCAGGGAAUACCAAAUGGGACUGGAGGGAUUUCCAUCAUCUUCAAAGAUAAUUUAGGAACCAAUCUUCAGCCGAGCUGGGGUGGUGGCAGACUGACUACACCGCAGGGCCAAGGGGUCUGAUAUAUUGGAAUACAUAUCGUUUACACAUUUCGUAUCGACGGAACACUGGGAUGUGAAUGCACAUAAUUCAUACAAGGAGUUUAUACAUGCAGCACAACUUGUGCCAACUGACGCAGUAUAUUCAUUCUUGUGGCCAAAAUAUUGUUUUUAGCCGAGGAAGGAUACCAUCCGACUGCACAGCAAAUACGACAGAGGCCCCGAUUAAUGUUUUAAGGUCUGCACUGUAAUUCCUCGCUAUUCAGUUUUUUGACAAAUAACGUUUAGGUAGUAUUUGUGUUUUCUCAAGUGCUUGGACGUGCCUUGCAAACAGCCAACAGUGUCCUACAAGUCAUCUAUUAUCAACACCAUUCUGAAAACCCUUGCCUACUUCACACGAAUGCAAGAGAAGGACGCUCCAGGAAAUCGCCUCAUCACACUCUGGAAAAUGUUAAUCGGAUAUAAUUUGCUGCAAAUCUAGAACCGGAAGCCCAAUGAGUGACACACAGUCCAGCUUCACUGACAGGUUUCCCAAGAAAGCAAACAGAUCCAGCAGCAUUCUCAGUAAAGACCACCCCCCGGACAAGAAACCCAAAAGUGACAAAACCUCACUUCCCUCCAAUGAGUUUGACCCUACAGAAGCUCUGGUGGUGCAGAAGAGUGGCAGCAGCAGUGUGCUAGCAGAGGGGAAGCCUGAGUCCUGUGGUCUGGUCCAGCGAUGUGUAAUCAUCCAGAAAGAUGAAAAUGGCUUUGGGCUCACUGUCAGCGGUGACAACCCAGUGUUUGUGCAGCUUGUCAAAGAAGAUGGGGCUGCUAUGCGGGCCGGUGUUCAGACAGGAGACAGGAUCAUCAAGGUUAACGGGACCCUUGUUACACAUUCUAAUCACAUAGAGGUGGUUAAGCUAAUCAAAUCCGGCUCCUAUGUGGCCCUCACAGUAUUGGGGCGUCCUCCGGGGCUCGCCCAGAUCCCCUUGUCUGAAGCAGAGUCUGAAAUGUUGGGCGUUAGUAUUUCUUCUCCAAACUCCCCAGCAACAGAACGCCCCUACAGUCCUCUGGACCGCCUCUCCUCCACCCAGUCACCAUGGGAUGAAAAUAGCAGCGUCUGCAACCAGAAGGUUGACAUGCUGCAAAGGAUGCUCUCCAAAGAGCAGCAGGAGCUGCAGGCCAUGAAGGAGGAGUACAGCAGGAACCCCUCCCCCAAACUACUGAAAGACAUCCAGGAAGUUAAGAAGCACAUUCCUCAGCUGCAGGGGCAGAUCCUCAAGGCCAGUGGGGCAUCACAGGAGGCUGUUCCAGGUGGUGAUGCAGACGAUGAGAGGGAGCACACUCCCGCCUCUAAGGGAGACUACAGCACAGAGCUGUCCUGGAGAAACUCUCCUAUAUCUCGCAUUUUCGGGCCUGGAUCUCCAGAGAGUCUCUACCAAAGAGGGUCAUCCUGCCCCAGCCCCAAGAGCACCGCCAGGAACAGCUUCAACUCCUGCCACUCCCCGGAGGCCGAGGACACCACUGACUUGGACUCUCUGUCUCCUACCACAGUCAGCAGUCCCACUUCCGCUCGCCUUGUCUCACAAAUCAUUGGAGCUGAGGACGACUAUUUUGAUUCAGACCAGGAGCAGACGAAUGGCCAGUGUAACAGCUUUAACAACAUCGAGCAGCUCAAGUCUCGUCCCGCCCACCUCGCAGCGUUCCUUCACCACGUCUUCUCUCAGUUCGACCCUGCUCCUGUGCUGUGCUACCUCUAUGCUGACUUCUACAAGCAGACCAACUCCAAAGAAACCAGACGGGUGUUCAUGGACUUCCACAACUUCUUCAUUGCCGGUGGAGCAAAUCUGAAAGUCGCUGUUCCUGAAUCCAUCUCUACGGAUCUCGACCGGCGGCGGACAGAACUGAUCCCUGAGGAAAUAAACAGACAACACGUUCAAACGCUGCAGGACUCUCUGCUCCCUGAAAUACAGAAGAACCUUGAGGAUUUCAGGCAGAAGCGCAGUAUGGGCCUCACCGUGGCUGAAGUGGAGCUGUCCCGACUGGACCAAGAGGGAAUCAGAGACCGGGUCACUCUGGAGCGAGAGCGUUCAUACGCAGAGAACAUCAUCACCAAGAUAGAGGAUAUCCUGUUAACUACUCACACAACAGAGGAGGAGAGAUGCACUACAAUGCAGUAUGUCAUCUAUACAUACAUGAAGCUCCUUGGUGUGAGGGUCAAGGAACCUCGCAGUCUGGAGUCCAAACGGGUCAGGAUCAACUUUCUUCCCAAGAUCAAGAAAAGCAUCAAGACAGAAAAGGAGGGAGAAGAGAAGGUGAAGAAACCCAGAUUUCCCAGUAUCCUUGGACCUCAGCGUCGGCCCAGCCGUGUUGAAACAACAUCAGUGGGAAAAGCGUUGGAAGGUCGCCCCCGGCCGCAGAAACAGUUAUCUCAGCCUUCAUUUGGGGCAGCUGAUCACAUGGAAGCUGGCCGUCUGCGAGGCAGCCAAUCGAGUGAAGGUUCUGAACUCACACACUCAAUGUCUGUCAACACCUCGUCCCCAAACAGCGCCACCUACAGCUCAGACACGAGCAGAGACGCUGAUAUGGGCGGGACUCCGACCUCAGGCCCCUCCAGGCUGAGUGACGGCCUUCAGACGGACCCUCUUGAUGGGCUGGCGUACCCUGCCUCGCACUUUGACCUUUACAGCCAUGACCCGCUGCAAGAGGAUGACAGAGAAAGCGACAGGGCCCAUGAGGGAACACCAAAGGCCAUAAGAAGGCUUGAGGGACUGCUUGCAGCUGACGUUCAGAGCGAGGACGACCAGGGAACGGACUCAGAGCACGACCCUCCCAAUUGGCAGCAGCUGGUGGGGCGAGAGGUCCUAGCAGGUCUCAGGCCUCAGGAAAUCAAGAGACAGGAAGUCAUCAAUGAGCUGUUCUAUACAGAGCGUGCGCAUGUGAGGAUGCUGAGAGUUUUGGACUAUGUUUUCUACCAGAAGCUCUCCAAAGAGGCCAUCCUGCCUCCUGCAGACAUCAAGAACAUCUUCACUAACCUGGACGAGAUUCUACAGCUGCAUGCUUCAAUACUGGAGCAAAUGGCAGCUGUUCGGAAGAGAAAUGAGUCUUCGGUAAUUGAUCAGAUAGGAGACGACUUGCUCUCCUGGUUCGGCGGGGGAGAGGAGGAGAAGAUCAAGAAGGCGGUGGGGACGUUCUGCAGCAACCAGCCUUUUGCUCUGGAAAUCAUCAAAACCAAGCAGAAGAAGGACUCGCGCUUUACUUCCUUCGUCCAGGAGGCAGAGAGUAACAGACAGUGUCGCCGACUGCAGCUUAAAGACAUCAUUCCUGUGGAGAUGCAGCGGCUCACCAAGUACCCCCUGCUGCUAGAAAACAUCGCCAAGUACACAGACAACACAGUGGAGAAGGACAAAGUGAAGCAGGCGGCAGACUGCUGCAGAAAGAUCCUCAAUCACGUCAACCAGGCUGUGAAGGAAUCUGAGGACAAGCAGAGGUUGGAGGACUAUCAGAGAAGAUUGGACCUCUCCUCUCUGAAGCAGACAGACAACCCCAUGAUCCUUGAGCUAAAGAAUUUGGAUUUAACCAAGAGAACCAUGGUGCAUGAGGGACCGCUGUCAUGGAAAGUGAACAAGGACAAAACUAUCGAGUUGUACACACUCCUCCUGCAGGACAUUCUGGUCCUGCUACAGAAACAAGAUGAGCGGCUGAUCCUGAAGUGUCACAGUAAAAACCUGGCCGGCACGGCAGACACCAAACACAUCUUCAGCCCCAUCAUCAAACUCAACACUGUGCUGGUGCGCUCUGUGGCAACAGACCACAAGUCCUUCUUCGUCCUGUCCAUGUCAGAAAACGGAGCCCAGAUCUAUGAGCUGAUGGCGCCCACAGUCUCAGAUCAGAAAACGUGGCAGCGUCUAAUCACCCAGAGAGCUGAUGCCAUGAAAGUCAAACCUCACAGCGUCAUACCAUUACCUCAGACUGAUGGGGAGAGGGAUGGAGUGGAGAUCAUCACAGCGGGGGUUUCCAGGCUGAGUCGAGAUGCAGACCGCACGUCCACCGGCAGCACCCAGUCCACAGAUAAAGAGAGCAGUCCAGCCCCUAGAAGCGUGACGAGUUCUCUACCAGGCAAUAAUCCAUUUGAGAGAGUAAAGGCAGAGGAAGAAGAGGAGGAGGAAGGUUUUGUGGACCCAGAGCUUCCUUACCGAGUGGCUGAAAAUGUCAAAGAAGGAGACUCGUUUAACAUGUUUCCCUCCAGAGCAGAUGAAGCACUGAAAACAUUGGCAGCAUUAAAGCAGGUGUUGGUGACCCAGCUGAUGUCCCAGGAGGCCUUGGAGCAAACCAAACGCUCCACGGGGGCUCGUCUCCUCAGGACCACCUCGCUGCGGACCCCCGUGGACAGCCGAGCGCGGGUGAUGGUCCACAACGGCUCAGAAAAGAACAGCUCCCAGACAGAGGACCCCGCUCAGGACCUGGGCUCUGGAGACACGGGCUUCUUUGAUUCUCCUGAAGAUUAUGCAGGGUAUUUAGUCCUGGAGGGGUACGGCGGCCCAGGGGAGAGCAGCACAGACGAUGACAUCCUGGCAUCAAACACAGGGAAGCAGCUGAGAUCCUCACAGGGCUGCGCCGCCGACUCGGGCAUCAACCUGAGGUUUUCUUCAGCGUCACAGGCCGGCAGCCUCUCCUCUUUCAGCAGACAGGUCUUGUCUCACCUUAGAAACCUUCAGGCCAACCUCAAUUAUCUGAAGGACGUUGAGGCCAAAUACAAUAAUGUAAUACGCCAAAGGCCAGAGAGGUCAGCAGCAGACAUGGAUGGAAACAAAGAUAAGAGAUAGUUGAUGUCCGUACCACAGCUUUUGGCUUUGGUCCCAAAGAGGAAGUACCGCUACUUCUUGUGUCCUGGACUUUUCUGGACAUCCUAUAAGCUUGUCCUCUCACUGCUGAGUUUUUUUUUCGUCGCCAACGGAUGCCACAGAGAAUGAGAGACUGAGUGUGAGCAGAAACGCUUGAAGGGUGGAGUCAUCUUUUUGUGAUGCUGCCACCCACCCCCCCCCCCCUCCAUCAGCACAAGGCAAUCAGGAAAGUGGAAUUGCCCCCAAAAACCUCACCCUUCCACCACCUAACACCCAUUUCCCCCGGACCUCCCUGCAAGAAACAGAACUGAUACCAAAAUGUACAAAGAUGUGUGUUUAGAAUAUAUAUAUAUGAAACACAAAACAAGAAAAGGAAAAUUUUAAGAUAAUGUAUUAAGAUUUUUUUUAUCCCAAGAUGUAUUUAUUUUCUUUCUUUUCAUUUUUUUAAAGUGUUUCCCACAUUGCUUGCAUGCUUUUGGCCAUGGUGUUACCUUUUUGGCUGCUUUUCCUGCUUCAGUCAUACAGGGUUAGUGUGAGUGUUGGUUGCACGCUAGCAUACAAGCACGCUAGCCUAGUAGCCUAGCGUACCCUGAUGAAGUGGCGGGAAUAUAUUCAGACUGAUAGAGGCCAGAGUUGCACUGGUGAUGGAUAGAUCCCAUUGUGUUAAAAAAAAACCUCUUGAAUUGUGUUAUAAUCUAGAAUUUCAGAUAAAUUCUAGUUGGUGUUAACUAGAAUGAAGAGUCUGAAGGCUCUGAUCUGGUCCUGUUGAAUUUUCGUGCUGCCUCCUUCCUCCUCAUCCUCCUCACUGUGAGGGGUACUUUGCCUCUCAUCUGCUCCUCUUCUCCUCUGCGUGUGAUUCUCCCUCUUCUUUUCCCUGUAUACACUUAUGGGUGUCAUCCUUCUCCUUUGUUUUUCCACCCGGCCCAGUAGCUUUCAUGCUUAUUCAUCCCCUCCCACACUCUAUAUGUCAUGCUUCCUCAUCUCUUGGGUAUUUUGCCCCGUUCCCCUUCUUCUACAGUGAGCGCUCCUGCUCCUUCUGUAUCGGCUCCUGACAGAAAUGCUGCUUCUUUCCGCUGCUGUUGGCAUUGCUGAUCUGACUGCCUGAUAUUCUAAUAAUGUCAUGAAGUUCAACAUAUGUACAAUGAUCAAGUUAGAAGGUUAUGCAUAACUUUAAUAAAUAAAUGGUGCCAUGACACAUUCAAAAAGAAAAAUCUAACCAGUUUUUUGGGGGGACAUUUUCUUUUAAACAUAUAAAGUGAUCACAUUGUCAGGCUUCUACAGCACUGGUUGACUUAUGGUAGUUGGCAAGGGCAACCACACCCCGGUGCCCCCAACUGGUCAAAGUGCCCUUUUGGGGGUCUCUCGAGGGUUUCCUUCCUGUGGAGAAAGUGCUAAAACACUCUUUCUGCCCUUUACGCUUUCUUUCCGCCCUAGCCAAAGUGAUGGUCAGUAAAACAUUUUACUUGUACAGCUAUUAUUGAAUGACAGUUUCAGUAAUGGAGAAAUGAUUAAUGACCAUUUUUCUUUACUUAAAAUACGAAGAUAAAGAUCAAGGACACUUGAGCAUUGGUCAUGAUGGAUCAGCAAGUGUCUUAUAAAGUCUACUUUUCCUGGCUGAGUUAUAGUUCCUGUUGAUCAGAGGCAUUGAUGUAUGCCAGUAUAAUAAAACUUAACUAUGUCCA